AGUUCAUACUACUUUAUAUACCUAUAUAAUUGAAACACACUUCAAUUCAACUCUAACUUCAAAAUCCUUACACUAUUCAUAAAUCUCUAAACCAUGGUUUUGCAAGCAAAUAUUAAUGUUCCACACUUUGUACUAUUUCCAUUAAUAGCACAGGGUCACAUUAUUCCAAUGAUAGACAUAGCUAAACUCUUAGCACAACAUGGUGCCAUUGUUACCGUUUUUACUACACCAAAAAAUGCAUCACGUUUUUCUUCAGUUCUUUCUCGUGCUGUUUCUUCUGGUCUUCAAAUCAAUCUUGUAACACUCAAUUUUCCAUCAAAACAAGCUGGAUUACCAGAUGGUUGCGAGAAUUUAGACAUGGUUAGUAUUUCACAAGAAAUAAUGUAUAGUUUUUUUCAUGCAUUUUCCUUGCUCCAAAAACCAGCAGAGGAACUUUUUGAUAAAUUGUCACCGAGACCAAGUUGCAUUAUCUCUGAUUUUUGCUUUCCUUGGACUUCUGAGAUAGCUGAAAAACAUCAUAUUCCAAGGAUUUCAUUUCAUGGUUUUUCUUGUUUCUGUCUCCAUUGCUCGUUCAAGGUGUUUUCUUCAAAGAUUCUUGAAAGUGUAAAUUCAGAUACUGAGUAUUUCACUGUUCCUGGCAUACCUGACAAAAUUCAAGUCAACAAAGAACAGAUGCCAGGGCCAGCAUCAGAUCUGAAUGAAUUUGCUGUGAAAAUGAAAGAAGCUGAAGAAAAAUCAUAUGGUGUAAUCAUAAACAGUUUUGAGGAGUUAGAGAAAGAAUAUGUUAAUGAUUACAAAAAGUUGAAAAAUGAUAAGGUUUGGUGUGUUGGUCCUGUUUCACUAUGCAACAAAGAGGGUUUAGAUAAAGCUCAAAGAGGUAACAUAGCUUCAAUAAGUGAAGAUAAUUGUUUAAAGUUUCUAGAUUUGCAUAAGCCAAAAUCUGUUGUUUAUGUUUGUCUUGGAAGUUUAUGCAACUUAGUUUCUUCACAACUUAUUGAAUUGGCUUUGGGGUUAGAAGAAACCAAAAUGUCAUUUAUUUGGGUUAUUAGGGAUGGACCUAUUAAAACUCAAGAGCUAGAAAAAUGGAUUAGUGAUGAAAAGUUUGAGGAAAGGAACAAAGGGAAAGGACUCUUAAUAAGAGGGUGGGCCCCACAAAUGGUGAUAUUAUCUCAUCCUUCAAUUGGUGGAUUCUUAACACAUUGUGGUUGGAAUUCAACACUUGAAGGGAUAACUGUUGGUGUUCCAAUGAUAACUUGGCCAUUAUUUGCUGACCAGUUUUUGAAUGAGAAGCUUGUGACUCAAGUUUUGAGAAUUGGAGUGAGUCUUGGUGUUGAGGUUCCAAUGAAGUGGGGUGAGGAAGAGAAGAGAGGGGUUGUUGUGAAGAAGGAAGUUAUUAAGGAGGCAAUAUUUAAUUUGAUGGAUGAGGAAGAUCAAGAGAGUAAAGAGAGAAGAGAAAGAGCUAGUGAACUUAGUGAGAUGGCAAAGAGAGCUGUUGAAAAAGGUGGAUCUUCUUAUAUUAACAUCACUUUGCUUAUACAAGAAAUCAUGCAGCUACAAUCAACAACCAAAGUAGAAACUUGAAGAAACAUGCAAUUUAUAACAACAAUAUUUGUCCUUUUGCUGUUAUUAUUUGUUUUUUUUUUGUUAUGUAGUUACAUGCAUGAAAAUUGUCUAACUAUAAAGUCCUCCAUGUUUGUACUUUUUAAUCAUAAAAUUGUACAUCAAUAAAUUAUAUGCCUUGUCUUGUGAA